AUGUUCUCUGGAAUCACAGAGAACCUUCCAGCGCUUGUCGCAAGACGGUUCGCUGCAGCCAAACAGUCUGGGGCCUUAGUCUUCUCACAAACCGAGGUCACGACAAUAUCGGCCUCAGAUACACCAUUCCAACUUAGAUACUGUCCAGCUCUCGCAAGGAAGCCAAACAAUAACAUACCCCAAGAUCUUGAGCGAAAACAGUCGGUCACAAAGCGAGAUCCGUUCCACGAUCCUCCUGAAGAUCUUCUCAUCACCGAAUUUCCGCAGUCCGAUCCCUCCCAUAUAUUGGUCCUGAAUAAAUUCCCUGUCAUAUCAGAUCAUUUUAUACUUGCAACCAAAGCGUAUAAACCUCAGACCGAUCUGCUAGAGAAAGAGGAUCUCCAAGCCGCAUUUGAAUGUCUGAAAGCAUGGCAGACGCAUGGGAGGCCAGCGGGGUCGAAACGCCUCUUUGCAUUUUUCAACUGCGGGGAACAUAGUGGUGCUAGUCAACCCCACAGACACCUACAAUUUUUACCCGUGGAAAGAAUGGCCCAACCCGAUGAUGGAAGCUGGAAGCCAUUAAUUGAUGGGAAUAGUUCCUCUGCAUCAAGGAACUUCGAUCACCCAAACUCCUUUGGCUUGCCAUUCGCGUGCUAUGCGGUCGAUCUACCGCCAGAACCAUCCGAAGAUGAACUGCACCGAUCAUACCUGCGAUUAUACGGAAUGGCCCUGAAGGCUGCGCAGGGAUCCUCAGACCCUCGGUUAGAUUCCAUGGACCCGGAGAAGCUGAAAACCAACGGGCCGAGUGCUAUUAGCUAUAAUUUAGCCAUGACUACAUCGCGGAUGAUGAUAUGCCCUCGAAGGAGCGAGUUUGCAUGGUUACCAAUAGAUCCUAAGCAUCGAAAUGAUACUCUAGAAGCUGGCCUGGUUAAGCUCAACGGUACUAUAUUAGCGGGAACGUUGAUGGUAAAAACAGCCGCUGAAUGGGAUGUUCUGAGAAACCAACCUGAUAUCUUGGAAUCCGUAUUGGAGGCGAUUGGGUUUCCAUAUCCAGAUCCAAAUGCCAGGAUGUGA